AUGAGCGCAGGGCCGGCGGCACGGCGCUUCCACGAGGCGGGCCUCGGGUCCCGCACGGGGCUGCGUAUCGGCGCUGUGCAGCAGGACGCAUAUGGCUACGACGACCUCGAUGCCUUUUUUGCCGAGUCCAAGCGUGUCCUGGAGUGGAUGGCCCACUCGGACGACGAGGCGUCUGACACGGCGUCGACGCCCCGCACGGCGGACCCGGCGCCCCGCGCACGCUCGCCUGUAGAGCCAGAGGCGUCGUGGCAGCAGGAUGCGCCGCGCGCGUCCGAGUGGGCCGCCCGCACGGCGGCGCCACGCAGCACGGACGCCAAAGCCCUGCUGGACGAGGCGCGCGCACGCCACUCGCUCCUCCCGCGUGCAGGCGCGGACGACUCUCUGUGGGAGUCGACCGUGGACCUGUCGCGCUCGGAGCGCACCUUUCACCUGAGCGCGCUCGCCGGCGACGUGAGUGUCGCGUCGGGCGCCGAGUCCCUCCUACGGCAGGUCGAGCGCACGCCCCUGUCGACGCUGAGCUCAGAACAUACCCAGCCGAGUCCGCUGCCGCCGCCGUCGAUGCCAGGCGAGAGCACACCGAUGCCCGUGCAGCCGCGCGGUGCCGAGCGCCCGCGCGUAUCGCACGUGCCCGACACGGAUCUGCCGUCGUUUCUACGCGCGGACGCUUCUGUGCUGCCGUCUGCGCCUGCGUGGAGCCGCGCAGACUCGUCGGGCCUGCCAUCUGCGCCUGCGUGGAGCCGCGCAGACUCGUCGGGCCUGCCAUCCGCACCCGCGUGGAGCCGCGCAGACUCGUCGGGCCUGCCAUCCGCACCCGCAUGGAGCCGUGCGUCGACGCCUGCGGGUGCCUCGGAAGCGAGUGGUGCGUCAGCUGGCGCGAGUGAGUACGACGCGAUGCCUGAGCUCGACAUGGCGAUGCCGCCCCCCGACGACGAGCCUGUGCCUGUGGAGCCGGUGCCGAAGAAGCGUGGGCGUGGGCGCCCGCGGAAAGACGCGUCGAUGCCGCCGCCGCGGGGCCGGCCUGGACGGCCGCCGGGUCGGCAGAUGCCGCCGCAGAAGAUUGUGGAGCGGAUCCACGACCCGCCGGCGUGGCAGCUGGACAACCCCCAGGGGCUGCGGCGCGGGAAGCGGCACCGCAUCGCGCCGCUUGACUGGUGGCGUGGCGAGCGUGCGCUGUAUGGGCGCCCGGAGGCGCCGGGCGAGGCGGAUGCGCCGGCGGGCCUCGUGGCGCCGGUGCUCAAGGAGGUGAUCCGCGUGCCGCGUGCGCCGGGCGAAGGCACGUUCUCGGGCAUGCGGCGCUUCCGCGUGCAGCCGCCGGUGUAUGUGCCGGCGGACCGGCCGCCGACGUACGCGGAGCCUGCGUACGAGAGUGACGACGAGACGGAGGACGCGUCGCGGAUCGGCAUGGCGCUGCGGCCGCCCGAGGAGGGGUGGGACGAGGACACGGACCCGUACGGCCGCGUGGUGGAUGCGGACCAGGGCACCGAGGUCACGAUGCGGAUCGCGUGCACGGCCAAGGGGAUCCGCCCGCGGCCCGCGUUCAACCAGAAGUUCUCGUACGAGAAGGUGUUUGGGGUCGGCGACUUUAUGGCGGCGGGCGUGCUGGUGAUUCCGCAGGGCGGCGAGAAGCCGACGAAGCCGAGCAAGGACAACAACUACGUGCACGUUUGUGGUGCUGGAGGGCGCCGUGCAGGUCAUGGUGCACCGCACGCGGUUCGUGAUUGCGCCGGGCGGCAUGUUCCUGGUCCCGAAGGGUGCGUCGCUCGUACUUACGCAGGCAAUACGUACAAUAUCCGCAACGUCGCGCAGCGCGAGGCGCGCAUCUUCUUCGCGCAGGCGCGCCAUCUGGCGACGCCGCUCACGGACGUGGUGCACGAUGGGCGCACGGCGUUUGCCCACGGGCCGGACCAUGUGCAGGUGGAGCCGGCGCCGCCCGAGUCGCCCGGCGACGCGUCGAGUGCGACGUCGACGGACUCGGACGAUGUGGAUGCGUCGAGUGACUACGACGACACGCGGCCCCUGUAG